AAACAAAAGAUGAUGAUGUUGGCGCUUCUUCAGGUCAUGAAUUUUUGUGUAGAAAUGUUGGGUCCUCAAGUUUAAGACCAUCUUCUUGUCCUGCAAUAGUGAAAGAGGAAAAUCAACCAAGCUCAUCUUUCGGUGAUUUAAAAUCAUAUUUUGUUGGAAUGGGAUUUUCAUCGGUUCUUGUUGACAAAGUGAUCGAGGAAAAUGGUCCUAGCGAUGUAAACUUGCUAUUGGAGGCUCUCAUUAACUCUUCUAAAUCAAGCCCCGAGGAAUCAGAUUCCUGGGAAGAUUUUGAGAAGGAAGAAGUGAAGUCACCCGCUGAGUUCACCUCAGACUGUAAACAGGAAAUAGAGGAUCAAAGUGGUCCUUCAAGUGCAGAGUUAGACAAGAAAUCUUAUUUAUUGAUGAUGGAUUUUUCAGAGGAACAAAUUGGUUUAGCAAUAAGCAGACUUGGUGUAAAUGCUACUUUGCCUGAACUUGUAGACUUCAUAGUCACCGUCAAGACAGCAGAUUUUUCCAGAGAAAAGAAGAAUGACUCUGUUGAUUGUAGCAGCCAGGAAGAUGAGGAAACUACUACAGCAACUUUAUUUGGGACAAUGGAUAAGACGAUCUGUUUGCUUCGAAUGGGUUUCACUGAGAAUGAAGUAUCUUCAGCAAUUUAUAAGUAUGGUCCCGAAGUUCCGAUCAAUGAGCUUGCUAACUCAAUUUUGGCUAAUCGAAUGGCUUUCAAUGUUGAUAAAGAAGAGGAUUUAUGGGAUGAUGCAACUGACACCACCGGACAGAGUCAAAAUGGACUCCGGCCUCUAGGCCAUGAAUCUGAUGCAUGGAUAACCAAAGCACCAAGUUCGAGUGAUGCAUGGAUAACAAAAGCAUCAAGUUUGAAUGAUGCAUGGAUAACCAAACAACCUUCUUGUAGUGCUCCUCAUUUUGAUGACGAAGAUGUGAAAACAGCUAAAAAGGCUAAGCACAUGUUUAUGGAAGAGAAUACAUCUUCCUGCAGCAACAAUAUGCAACAACAAAGAACUAGCGACUGGGAAGCAGAUUAUGAGAUGAAACCAAGUGAAUAUGAUGAAUCUCCAGCAGAGAGAGGAUGGGUUAAAGAGGAAGUGCCUUUCAAAAGGACACCCAAUCUCCGUUCAAAAUUUAGUGGCAUGCUAUCCAAACCUCCUUAUUUUUUUUAUGGAAAUGUCGUGGAUGUCUCACAAGCAACAUGGCAAAAAUUAUCACAGUUUUUGUAUGCAACUGAGCCGGAGUUUGCGAAUUCUCAGUUCUUCUCAGCCCUUAUCAGAAAAGAAGGCUACUUGCACAAUCUUCCCACUGACAGAAGAUUUCAUAUAAUUCCUAAGCCACCCAUGACUAUAGAAGAUGCACUGCCCCAUACUAAGAAAUGGUGGCCGUCAUGGGAUACAAGAAAGCAGCUAAGCUGUAUUAGCUCAGAAGCCACAGGAGUGGUUCAACUCUGUGAACGACUUGGCAAGAUGAUGAUGGAUUCACAAGGCUUUCUAUCUAAAGAGCAGCAAACUGACAUUAUUCAUCAGUGUAAAAGGUUGAAUUUGAUUUGGGUUGGCCGCAACAAAUUGAGACCUAUGGAGCCAGACCAAGUGGAGACGAUCUUAGGAUAUCCAAGGGAGCACACAGAGAUUUGGGGAUUACAGCCAAUUGACAGGCUCGCAACGCUCAAAUACUGUUUUCAAACGGACACAAUUGGUUAUCAUCUUUCUGUGUUGAAAAAUAUGUUUCCUCAUGGAUUGAAGGUUCUCUCUAUCUUUACUGGAGUUGGAGGAGCCGAGAUUGCACUUCAUAGGCUUGGAAUUUAUUUAAAAUGUGUCGUUUCUGUCGAAGCAUCUGAAAUUAAUCGGAGGAUCUUGAAGAGGUGGUGGCAGAGCACAGGGCAGACUGGAGAAUUGAGGCAAAUAGGAGGCAUUGAGAAGCUGACUAUGCAGCUGUUAAAGAAUUGCAUAAAUCAGUUUGAUGGGUUCGACAUCAUCAUUGGCUCGAACCCUGGUGAGUUUAAUCGGGUUCCCAAAAAUGACAUGGAUUUUAACCUUUUCUUUGAAUAUGUUCGUGUUUUCCAACGGGUGAGAAGUAUAAUGGGAAGAAGCUGACUAUGAUGUUGGUUAUCCCGUUUUUCUCUUCAAUGUGCUAUGUAAUAUAUUGGAUCAUGUAACCUGAACCGUAUUGCGACGUCAGUUCUUGUGUUCUGUGCCUGUAGCUUUCAAUGGAUUUCUUUUUUCUGCGGAUUUUUUAAUGGCUCUAGUUGUCUGCUGUAACUGAAUUUUUCAAACAAUGAGAGAAGUGAGAAUGAUAAGUGCCCUCUCUU